AUGUUCCAUCAGUUCCUUGUGACACCUAAACAUCGCACUUACCUGAGAUUUCUAUGGUGGGAGCAUGGAGACCUGGAUAGCGAGCCCAAAGAAUAUCAGAUGGCAGUUCAUCUCUUUGGUGCAGCCUCUUCUCCGGGGUGCGCUAACUUCGGUCUCAAAUACCUGGCACAGCAACAUAAGUCAGAAUAUCCAGUUGCAUCAUCAUUUGUCGAAAACGGCUUCUAUGUGGACGAUGGGCUAGUGAGUGUCCCUACAAUUAAAGAGGCUUCGGAUCUGAUCAAUGAAGCACAAGAUUUAUGUAGGAGAGGAGGUCUGCGACUGCAUAAGUUUAAUUCAAAUGUGAGUGAAGUUCUUUCCUGCGUUCAUCUAUCUGAAAGGGCAGCAAGCACAGAAGGCCAUGACCUCAAUCCAGGUUCAGCGUCAGUGGAACAUGCACUGGGUAUACAGUGGUUAAUUGAAAGUGACAGUUUCAGCUUCAACAUAAACUUGAAGGACAAGCCUGAUACACGCCGUGGCAUUCUCUCAGUCAUAGCUUCCCUGUAUGAUCCACUGGGGUUUGUAGCCCCAUUCGUCUUAAGUGGAAAGUGCAUUCUGCAGGAGCUAUGUCGCAGAAAUGUUGGAUGGGAUGACCUGCUCCCUGAUGAAUUGCGUCCACGGUGGGAGGAGUGGAAGAGUGGGGUUUUAAGUUUGAGCAGAGUGUCAAUCCCAAGGUGUUACCAUCCACAAGACUUUGGCAAGAUUGAGAGGGUGGAACUGCACCACUUCUCAGACGCAAGUAAUAUAGGGUAUGGUGCAUGUUCUUAUCUGAGAUAUAAGAAUGAUGAAAGUAAAGUGCACUGCAGUUUAGUCAUGGCUAAAGCAAGGGUCGCUCCAACAAAGCUCACAAGCAUUCCUCGCUUAGAACUUUCAGCUGCCGUGACUGCAGCCAGACUGAGUAUUUUGUUGAGAUCAGAACUCAACAUGAAGAUCGAUGAAGAGUUCUUUUGGACAGAUUCUCAAGUCACCUUAGCUUAUAUCAACAAUGAUGCAAGGAGAUUUCAUGUGUUUGUGGCAAAUCGUGUCCAGUUGUUAAGAGAGAAUACCAGUCCAAGCCAGUGGCAUUAUGUUGACACAACAGAAAAUCCAGCUGAUCAUGUUUCAAGAGGACUUAGAGCCUCUGGUAUUGUCAAGUUGUACCGUUUUGUUUGUUCAAGGUACAAGUCCAAGGACAUUGAAGACAGUUAG